AAGACAGACAACAGCUCUGUUUUUUUCUUUUUAUAAAAAUUGGAAAAGGGCAACAAAACGACUCAUUGGCCGGUGAAACUGUCAAAAAGACAUUGAAGAUUUGGUCUCUCCCACUCCACCGCCGAUCCGAUCCUCUCCUCUCCUCUUCUCAAAGACAAGUAUAAAAAGGGAGUGUUUUUAUUUUAUUUUGUGGAGACCACCACCUUCAAUCGGUUUCUUUCUUCUAACUUGUUCUUCUUCUUUCUCAACUCUCUCUUUUUUGUCUUUUGUCCUGUUCUCUCUCCACCACAUAAUUUUGAAAUUCACAAAGAAGAAAAAAACCAACCCUAGGUUUGUCCCCUCAACUCACUGAUUGAACAGCUUAAUUUAGGGUUUUGGAUCGAAGAGUAUUGUAUUAGUGGUGGUGGGUGGUUCUUCAAGCCGGAGAGAAACCAAUGGCCUCUGGCGGCGGAGAGGCGGAUAAAUCACUUGAAAUCGGUUCCGGGUCCGCGGAUCCCAAAUUAGGCGGUGCUGGGAGCAGGAGCGCCGGAGAAGAACGAUACUUGAGGGCUGAUAAACUCGAUUUCAGUAAAUGGGAUUUGCAUAUGGGUCAAACCUCUAGUAGCAGCGUCGUCACCAAUAAUUCCGCUUCGACGAGCGCUCCGGCCCCGGCGAUGCAGGAAUGGGAGAUUGACCUCUCCAAACUCGAUAUGAGGCACGUCCUCGCUCACGGCACUUAUGGCACUGUCUACCGCGGUGUCUACGCCGGCCAAGACGUCGCAGUCAAAGUGUUAGAUUGGGGAGAAGAUGGUUACGCCACCGCAGCUGAAACUGCAGCUCUGCGUACUUCCUUCGAGCAAGAGGUCGCCGUCUGGCAGAAGCUCGAUCAUCCCAACGUUACUAAGUUUAUAGGAGCAUCCAUGGGAACCUCUGAUUUGCGGAUCCCUCCUGCUGGUGAUACUGGCGGACGUGGUAACGGCGCACAUCCUGCGAGGGCCUGUUGUGUUGUCGUUGAAUAUGUUGCCGGAGGCACGCUCAAGAAGUUCCUCAUCAAGAAAUAUAGGGCCAAACUACCCAUCAAGGAUGUCAUUCAGCUCGCUUUGGAUCUCGCUAGAGGGCUUAGUUACCUCCACUCCAAGGCGAUUGUACAUCGGGACGUGAAGUCAGAGAACAUGCUGUUACAACCUAACAAGACGCUGAAGAUCGCUGAUUUCGGGGUAGCUAGAGUCGAAGCUCAGAACCCUCAAGACAUGACGGGUGAAACUGGAACACUUGGAUACAUGGCACCAGAGGUUCUUGAAGGAAAGCCGUACAACAGGAAAUGCGAUGUCUAUAGCUUUGGGGUAUGCCUCUGGGAAAUAUACUGCUGUGACAUGCCCUAUGCGGACUGUAGUUUUGCUGAGAUCUCUCACGCCGUCGUUCAUAAGAAUCUGAGACCAGAGAUUCCGAAAUGCUGCCCGAAUGCAGUGGCAAACAUCAUGAAGAGAUGCUGGGACCCGAAUCCAGACAGGCGUCCGGAGAUGGAGGAGGUGGUGAAGCUGCUGGAAGCCAUAGACACAAGCAAAGGCGGUGGAAUGAUAGCUCCAGACCAGUUUCAGGGGUGCCUCUGUUUCUUCAAACCUAGAGGCCCCUGAAUCUCUCUAUCUCUCUCUCUUUCCUUUUGCUCCGUGUCGAAUAUUCUUGAGAGCUGCGUGAUUGAUUCUUUGGAUUUUGUAAAACUUUGAGAUAUGGGAGUGUUGGAUUGGUGUGGGUUUUGUCAUAAGAAUCUUACUGCUCUCUAUGUAUCUAAACACAGUCUGUGUAUAAAUCGAUAAAGCUUGAUUUUUUUGA